AUGGCUGAUGAUAGAAUAAAUUGCAUUGCUGUUGACAGUGGUAAAGAGAGCGAGCGUGCCUUCGAUUGGUAUAUCAAACAUUUUCAUAAAAAUAACGACACUGCUCUGUUAGUUCAUGUACAAGAAACACCAAAACAGUCUAUAGAAUCGUUGGUUGAGGGAAAGGGGCAACGUUACACUUCCAUUUAUAAAAGCUUCAAAAAAAGUGAAAAAGUUUUAGACAAAUAUAAGUCAAGGUGUGUUUUGGAAAACAUAAAGUUUACGCCAUAUCUUGCUCAAAAACAAGGUAGUGUUGGGCAAACCAUAUGCAAUGUUGCAGAAGCUCAAAAUGCAAGUGUUAUCGUAACAGGGAAAAGAAAUCUAGAUAAAAUAAGCAAAACGCUACUUGGAACAAAAAGUAACUUUAUUGCACAGAAUUCUCAAAUUCCAAUUUUAAUAGUGCCAUUUAAUAAAGAAAAAUAA